AUGCAUCCUCCUCAGCUUUUGUUCCAUCAACUCUCCGAGUUAGGGCCCGGCGUGCUUCCCUCUAGAAGCCAUUUUCUAAUCCACCUCCCUUCCCAGAUGCCUUUCUUCGUCCGCCACCUCGUCUGCCCCGCGAUGCCUGCUGGCCCUGUUCUCGUGCCUGCUGCGCCGCCCGUUCCCAUCGUGGCGUCAUUGUCUGCACCUGGCGAGGCACCUGGUCCUGCCCCCGCGUCAUCACCUGCUUCCGUGCUCGCCUCGGCGUCUGCUCCUGCGCCUGCCCCUAGGCCGGCUGCGGCGUCUGCUCCUGUGCACACUCCUGCGCCUGCGCCGGUGGUUCCACCUGUCCCCGUGGGGGUGUCGACGCACGCGCCUGUGGUUCCGACGUCGUCUGCUGCUGAUGGAGCAGCCACCGCGCUGCCACUGGUUGCACCUGCCGUGGCGCUUUCUCCUGCUGCUGUUGCGGACCCAGCUUACCAGCCGCCUCCAGCCACCAGCGCUGGCCCGAGCUCGGCGGAGGUUCAGUCGGCUCGCGUGUCGCCUCCGGUUGCCCCUGCCCUUCUGCCUACGGCUGCAACUGCGCCGCCUCCGACCGUCUAG